CGCCUCCUCUCCUUCUUCUUCAAUUGCGCUAUUUUGUUAAAAAUCCUUUUCCCCUUUUUCUGCCCCCAGCCCAUUUCUCUUCCUUCCUUCUUUAGUCCCCACCCUGCUCUGUUCCUCAAAUCUCCUCUCCUUUUUCUCUCUCUAUCUCUCUCUCUCUCUCCUUCGCUUCUGGACCUUUCUCCUUUCAAGGGAGGAUCUUUUGGCUGCCCCUCGAUUUCUUUUUCCUUAAUUCGGUCGGAUUAGAUUGGAUCGACUCCACCCUGUUCGGGGAUUGUCCGUCCCGAGUCCUGGCGUCUCUUCCUUAAUUUAAGCAAACUGGCAGCAGACAUAUAUUUUUAAAGCUGCAGAGAAAGCAUGUCUGUUUCCAUGAGAGACUUGGAUCCAGCUUUCCAGGGAGCUGGACAAAAGGCUGGAAUUGAAAUAUGGCGAAUUGAAAAUUUCCGUCCUGUUCUGGUCCCUCAAUCAUCUUACGGAAAAUUUUUCACGGGGGAUUCCUAUGUGAUUUUGAAGACUACUGCAUUGAAGAAUGGUGCCUUGCGUCAUGACAUUCAUUAUUGGCUAGGCAAGGAUACGACUCAGGAUGAAUCUGGUACUGCAGCCAUAAAGACAGUAGAAUUAGAUGCAGCCCUUGGAGGACGAGCUGUUCAGUAUCGUGAAGUACAGGGUCAUGAAACAGAGAGAUUCUUAUCAUAUUUUAAGCCAUGUAUAAUCCCGCAGGAAGGUGGAGUUGCAACUGGGUUCAAACAUGCUGAGGAGGAAGAACAUAAGACACGCUUGUUUGUCUGCAGGGGAAAGCAUGUUGUGCAUGUAAAAGAGGUUCCUUUUGCUCGAUCUUCACUCAAUCAUGACGACAUUUUUAUUCUGGAUACCAAGUCAAAGAUUUUCCAAUUUAAUGGUUCGAAUUCAUCCAUCCAAGAAAGAGCAAAAGCUCUUGAAGUUGUCCAAUACAUCAAAGAUACAUAUCACCAUGGAAAAUGUGACAUAGCAGCCAUUGAGGAUGGAAAAUUGAUGGCGGAUUCUGAGACUGGUGAGUUUUGGGGAUUUUUUGGUGGCUUUGCCCCUCUUCCAAGGAAAACGGCUUCUGAAGAGGACAAGAACGUUGGCAUUUAUCCUACCAAGCUACUUCGUGUGGAGAAGGGCCAGAGUGAACCUAUCGGGGAUGAGUCUUUGACAAGGGAUUUAUUGGAUACAAACAAAUGCUAUCUUCUGGACUGCGGGACGGAAGUGUUUGUGUGGAUGGGGAGAAGUACCUCUCUUGAUGACAGGAAGAGUGCUAGUUCUGCUGCUGAGGAGUUAAUCCAUGGUCCUGAUCGGCCACAAUCUCAAAUAAUUCGUCUAAUUGAGGGAUUCGAGACUGUGGUAUUCCGUUCCAAGUUUGAUUCCUGGCCUCAGACAGAGGAUGUAGCAGUGACUGAGGAUGGGAGGGGCAAAGUUGCAGCACUUCUGAAACGCCAAGGACUAAAUGUGAAGGGUCUCAUGAAAGCUUCUCCCGUUAAAGAAGAACCUCAACCAUAUAUCGAUUGUUCUGGACAUUUACAGGUUUGGCGUGUAAAUGGUCAGGAGAAGAUUCUUCUUCAAUCUGCUGACCAGUCGAAAUUUUAUAGUGGGGAUUGCUAUAUCUUUCAAUAUUCUUAUCCAGGAGAUGACAGGGAAGAGUAUCUCAUAGGAACGUGGUUUGGGAAGAAGAGCGUCGAGGAAGAGAGAGCGUCUGCUCUUUCACAGGUUAGCAAGAUGGUUGAGUCUUUGAAGUUUCUCCCUGUCCAGGCUCGCCUAUAUGAAGGAAAUGAACCAAUUCAAUUCUUCUCAAUCUUUCAGAGCUUCAUUGUUUUCAAGGGUGGCUUGAGUGAAGGGUAUAAGAGCUACAUAGCAGAGAAGGAAAUCCCAGAUGAGACAUAUAAAGAGGAUGGUUUGGCAUUAUUUAGAGUCCAGGGUUCUGGACCUGAUAAUAUGCAAGCAAUUCAAGUGGAACCAGUUGCAUCAUCUUUGAACUCCUCAUACUGUUACAUAUUGCAUAGUGGCUCCUCCGUCCUUACGUGGUAUGGGAACCUUACAACCUCAGAGGAUCAGGAACUUGUUGAGAGGCAGCUGGAUCUGAUAAAGCCAAAUGCACAAUGUAAGACACAAAAGGAAGGUGCUGAAUCUGAACACUUUUGGGAGUUAUUGGGAGGAAAAUCGGAAUAUCCCAGCCAGAAGAUAGCACAAGAUUCUGAGAGUGAUCCUCACCUCUUUUCUUGCAUCUUCUCAAAAGGAAAUCUGAAGGUGACAGAAAUACACAAUUUUAGUCAGGAUGAUUUGAUGACCGAAGAUAUGUUUAUCCUGGAUUGUCACUCAGCAAUCUUUGUCUGGGUAGGACAACAAGUUGACUCCAAGAUGAAAAUGCAUGCUUUAACCAUUGGAGAGAAAUUUCUUGAGCAUGACUUUCUUCUUGAGAAACUAUCUCGUGAAGCUCCAGUAUAUGUCAUCAUGGAAGGAAGUGAACCACCUUUCUUCACGCGCUUCUUCUCAUGGGACUCCGCAAAAUCUGCUAUGCAUGGGAACUCAUUCCAAAGGAAGCUUACAAUGGUUAAGCAUGGUGGUACACCAACUAAUGACAAACCCAAGCGUAGAGCGCCUGUUUCCUAUGGAGGAAGAUCUAGUGUACCGGACAAAAAUCAGAGGUCGAGAAGCAUGUCUUUUAGCCCAGACCGUGUUCGCGUCAGGGGCAGGUCUCCUGCUUUCAAUGCACUAGCUGCUAAUUUUGAGAACCCAAAUGCAAGAAAUCUCUCAACUCCACCACCAGUUGUCAGGAAGAUCUUUCCAAAGUCUGUCACCCCUGAUUCAGUGAAACUGGCUUCCAAAUCUUCAGCUAUCUCCUCUAUCAGUUCCACUUUUGAGAAAUCACCACCAAUACGAGAAGUCAUCAUACCCAAAUCUAUCAAAGUGAGUCCUGAGACACCAAAACAGAAUUCAGAGCCAAAUAACAAAGAGAACUCUAUGAGCAGCCGAAUAGGAUCCCUGACCAUUCAAGAAGACGUGAAAGAGGGUGAAGCUGAAGAUGAGGAUGGGCUUCCAAUCUACCCAUAUGAUCGUCUUAAGACAACAUCAACAGAUCCUGUGGCGGAAAUUGAUGUUACCAAACGAGAGACUUAUUUGUCAUCAGCGGAGUUCAGAGAGAAAUUUGGGAUGACAAAGGAUGCUUUCUCUAAGUUGCCCAAAUGGAGACAGAACAAGCUUAAAAUGGCACUUCAAUUGUUUUGAGUCUGGCUUGAUAGCUCUAUUUAUUCUUUUGCUUUCUCCAUUAAGGCAUGGCGAGCAGAAGGAAGCUUUCCUGGAUAUCUUUGGUGAAUUUGGAGCGGCAUUAGUCAAAGGGACAGAAAGGUGCUUUUUUUUUGGAUGCUUCUGCUCCCAAGGAACUAUUUUUGGCAAUUUAUGGACAGAUCAGAUCUUUUUUCCUUUUUGAGUUUGUCCCGGUGUUGCGAAGAAUUUAUAUUCUUUCCGGUUUUCUUUUUGUUUGUUGAGUUAGUUGCUUGGUAUUCUUUAUUCUCAGAGGCGUGUUGUGAGGUUGCAAUUUUGCUAAUUUCCCUUUCUCUUUCGAUUUUUCCGAGAAAAAUUCCAUUUUGGUGCCAGAUUAGGAGGUUUGCAGUACCUACUCAAAAGUGUACUCUUUAAAGUCUGAAGAUGUAAGCGUGUACAGCAGUGUAAAAUCAGCUUACUUGGUCAAUUUGCUCUUGUAAUAAAGGUGUGAUUUGUGUCCUGUA